AUGUCGUGGACGACCUUCUACAAAGUAGGGGAAGAUGUAGCAGGGUCAAGCUGUUAUCUUAUUUGUAUGUCGGCGCCCGCCGUAAAGAGCACUGAUUUGUAUGUCCGCGCCCGCCUGUCACUCGGGAAUGUGUUUGACAACCAAGGAAAGGAGUUCAUCAUUGCUUUUAUGGAAAACAAUCCAAACGAUGAAAAUUUGGACUUAUUCAUCACAACAUUUUCUAACGACAAUGUCAGCGUUACGGUGAAUUCUCUGGGAUAUCAUGGAAAUGGUUUCAUUAACAAACAAUUCCAUGUGUCUAGAGGAAGCACCACCUUGGUAUCGGUUGACAUCGAACUCCGAAUGGAAGGAUCCUCACUGUCUCCCAAAGGCAUUGUCGUACAGGCGAAUGAAGAAAUCAUUGUCUACGGGGUGAACAGACAGCACUAUACGUCCGACGCUUUCCUUGGUCUUCCGACAGACGUUCUCGGACAAGAAUAUUAUACAGUGACUUUUCUCCCGACAACACCAAAGAGUUAUGCUCAGUAUGCACAGUUGCUGGUGGUUUCUGCCUUCAACGAUACACAGGUUCAGAUAACUUUUCCUGAAAGUGAUGACUUUAGCCACGUGACUUUUGAUGGUAUAGAGUACCACGGUGGAGACACAUUAAAUAUUACUAUGGAUAGGUGUGAUGCACUGCAACUCCAGGCAGAGGGGUAUUUUGAUUUAACCGGAGCAUAUAUCAAAUCUGACAAACCUGUUGCACUGUUUAGUGGAAACAUCAGAGCAGUUGUUGGGGUGUCCAGUAGUAGUGACCAUUUGGUGGAACAGCUCAUCUCCACAGAUCGGUGGGGAAAACGGUUCGUGAUUGUCCCUAUACCCGCCAGAGAGAUUGGAGAUUACUUCAAAGUAGUCGCAAACACUGACGCGACCGGAAUUGACAUCAAAUGCAUCAACAAUGCUUCAAUAAUUACAUCCGAGAGGAUUGUAUUGGCUAAAGCUGGAAGCUACGAGCUCGUUGAAAUGGAUCCGAAAUCUUAUUGUUAUAUAGUAGCCAACAACAGUGUUCUCAUUGUGCAAAUCGUGAAGAGUGACCAGAACGACGACCACGACCCUGCUCUUAUUUUGAUACCACCAUUGGAGCAGUACGCCGCGGAAUAUAUGUUUACUACUCCUAGAAGAACGGACGGUAGCUACGAGAAUUUUUUUUUGUUUGUCGUUAAGGAAGAAGAUAAGGACGGUCUUCGAAUUGAUGGAGUACCUUUCCCCUCCACAAUCGAAUAUGUAAGCAUACCAGAUACCUCUCUCGUGGCAGGGUACAUUGCCAUCGGGGACGGAUUCCAUAGAUUCAACCAUAUAUCGCCCAUAUCGGUGUUUGGUGGGUUUAUGUAUGGCAGAUACGCUUUUGAAACCUACGGGAUGCCAGUUGGACUACGGAUGGCAGAAAUAAAUAAGCCUUGUUCAAUGACGGCUGACGAGAUUGGAGAUGGGCGUGACAACGACUGUGACGGUCUCAUAGAUGAGGAGUUAUGUACGGAUGUCAACGCCGGACAAGAUGACGAUGGCGACGGAAAGGUGGAUGAGGAUUGUGCAAUGGCCUGGCUCGACGAUUGGGAUGAAUGGAGCACCUGGACAGAAUGCAUUCAGACAAGGAAUCGCACGUGCAAAGUUCGAAGUAUAGGGGAAAGUUACUGUCCUGGCCCAAAUAAUGAGUCGAUGUCGUGUGGAAACGUAGAGACAGGUAUACCACGCGAGGAAACAACUGAGGGGCUGAAGACUCUACGAGUGGACAGAAAAAAUACAUCUAAGUACAGACGAAGUUUAUCUAGUGCUCCAGACGACAGGAAAAGUAGUGCGGUACGGAAUCCAACCGUAACCGACGCACACGACGUGCUGAUGUGGAGUAUGUUUGGUGAACAACAACAACAACAACAACAACAAACACGUGAGAGACGUGUGCAAAGUUUGGUGGUCCAAUAA